AUCAUGUAAUUCAGCCCCCUCAGCAGGUCCAGCUUUAUAUCGGAAUAUGACUGACAUGUUCGGCCAGAAGCGUAUAUAGGGCUCGAGUUCAGUAGUUCUAAUCCCAUUGAAUUGAAAGUCGUGAGCCGUGUGGAUGUUAUAGACACCGUGUAUUUUAGUGUUUGCGCAUCUUAUAUUUCUCUUGAAGAACUUUUUUUUUUUUUUCCUCAGCAUUUUUUUUUUCCCCCAGCAUAGAGGACAUAGUAUUUUUGCUGUUGGAGUUGGAUUGCACAUUACAACAGUUAUGAUACUCAGGAGAAGUCUCUGCUUGCUGCCCUUGGUGUUACUAUGCAUCAGAGCACUACCUCAAGAUGGCCAUGUGGAAGAUGAAUCUACGUUCGACCUUUUCAAAAUCAGCAGCAUUAGCAGAAAGACAAUUGGUGUCAAGCUCUUCAAGGGCCAUGACUGGGAUUCACCGGCAUACCGUUUCAUCCGCUUUGACCACAUCCCUUCUGUGAACACCAUAGCCCUUAAUCAGAUCCUCAAGCAGAUCCAGAACAAUGAGGGUUUUGUGUUUGUGGCAACAAUACGACAGGACAAGGGCUCCAGGGGCACCCUGAUUGGCCUGGAGAGUCCCAGUGGGAGCCGUCAGUUUGAGGUUGUGUCCAAUGGGCGCGCCAACACGCUGGAUCUGGCCUACUUGGUGGAGGGAUCUCAGAAUGUGGUGUCCUUUGAGGAUGUGGACCUAUCUGAUUCACAGUGGAAGAACAUCACACUGUACAUUCAUGGAGAGAAUGCUCACCUGUAUGUGGGCUGCAGCCUCAUUGACAGUGUGAUCCUGGAUGAGCCUUUCUAUGAGCACCUGUGGCCAGAGGGCAGUCAGAUGUAUGUGGCUAAAGGAUCUAUCAGGGAAAACCACUUCAGGGGUUUACUACAGAAUGUACAGUUCCUUUUUGACACCCCAAUAGAGAACAUCCUGAGACAAAAAGGUUGUGAGAUCGCCAAACCUGAUGAAGUCAAUGUGGUAAAUGAGAGUACAGAGACCGUGUCUGUCAGUACGGCCAUGACCAACUUCAUUGGGCAGAAGGAGAAACUGGCAUCGGACAUGUGUGAGCGCUCCUGUGAGGAGCUCAGCACCAUGUUCCAGGAGCUCAAAGGUCUUCGUAUCGUUGUGGGAAAUCUCAUCGAUGGCUUACAGAAAGUGACUGAGGAGAACACAGUGAUGAAGGAGGUGUUGGGAAACAUGAAGAACAUCAAAGACAAGCACAUGUGCUGGCAAGAUGGCCGUCUCUUUGAGAAUAAGGAGGACUGGGUUGUUGACAGCUGUACGAAGUGUACCUGUCAGGAAUCAAAGAUUGUGUGCCAUCAAAUCACAUGUCCUCCAGUAGCCUGUGCCAGUCCCACUUUCCUGGAUGGAGAAUGCUGUCCGGUGUGCCUGCCUAAAGACAGCGAGGAUGAUGGCUGGUCCCCUUGGUCUGAAUGGACGGAGUGUACUGUCACAUGUGGAACAGGUACCCAGCAAAGAGGCAGGUCAUGUGACGCCACAAGUAACCCCUGCAGUGGCUCCUCCAUUCAGACCCGCAGGUGCAGUCUGGGAAAAUGCGACAGUCGGGUUCGUCAAGAUGGUGGUUGGAGUUUGUGGUCCCCCUGGUCUUCAUGCUCAGUGACAUGUGGAGCGGGGCAGAUCACACGUAUUCGCCACUGUAAUGCCCCCGUACCUCAGCUGGGAGGGAAGGACUGUGAGGGCAUUGGAAGAGAGACACAAAAGUGUGAAGCCAAACCAUGUCCAAUUGAUGGAGCCUGGGGCCCAUUUUCUCCUUGGGCGAUCUGCUCUGUCACCUGUGGGGGAGGAACAAGGACCCGAACACGUGUGUGUAACAGCCCUCGACCACAGUAUGGUGGCAAGAAAUGCCCAGGAGAGUCCAAGGAUACUGAAGCGUGCAACAAACAGGACUGCCCUGUGGACGGUUGUCUUUCUAACCCAUGCUUUGGGGGUGCUGAAUGCACCAGCGCCCCUGAUGGCUCGUGGGAGUGCGGGCCCUGCCCUGUCGGUUUCCGUGGUGAUGGAACAUUCUGUGAGGAUGUGAAUGAGUGUGAGAUGGUGCCUGAUCUGUGCUUUAAAGUUGGUGAAUCCCAACGCUGCGUCAACACAGACCCAGGAUUCCACUGCUUGCCUUGCCCUCCUCGAUACAAAGGGAAUCAGCCCUUUGGAAUGGGAGUGGAGGCUGGUAAGCAAAAUAAACAGGUAUGUGAACCAGAGAACCCCUGCAUGGACAAGACCCACAACUGCCACAGGUCUGCUGAGUGUAUCUACCUCAGCCACUUCAGUGACCCCAUGUAUAAAUGUGAGUGUAAAAUCGGCUAUGCUGGGGACGGCCUCAUUUGUGGUGAGGACUCUGACCUUGAUGGCUGGCCUAAUCAGAACCUGGUGUGUGGAGCCAACCAAUCCUAUCACUGCAAGAAGGACAAUUGUCCCAACCUUCCAAACUCAGGGCAAGAGGACUUUGAUAAAGAUGGUCAAGGAGACGCCUGUGACAAAGACGAUGAUAAUGAUGGAAUCUUGGAUGAGGGGGACAACUGUCCUCUACUGUAUAAUCCCAGGCAAUUUGACUAUGAUAAAGACCUUGUUGGUGAUCGUUGUGAUAAUUGCCCAUAUGAACACAACCCUGCUCAAAUCGACACAGAUGGUAAUGGUGAGGGAGAUGCCUGCUCUGAAGACAUUGACGGUGAUGAGGUUCUAAAUGAGCUUGAUAACUGCCCCUACAUGUACAACAGUGACCAGAAGGACACAGAUAUGGAUGGAGUAGGUGACCAGUGUGAUAACUGCCCUCUGCUGCACAACCCUGACCAGUCUGACUCAGAUAAUGACCGGGUUGGUGACCAGUGUGACAACAAUCAUGACAUCGAUGAGGACGGUCACCAAAACAACCUGGAUAACUGUCCCUACAUUCCCAACGCCAACCAGGCUGACCAUGACAAAGACGGGAAAGGAGAUGCUUGCGAUUAUGAUGAUGAUAAUGAUGGAAUCCCUGAUGAUAAGGACAACUGCAGACUGGUGCCCAACAAAGACCAACUAGACUCUGAUGGGGAUGGAAGAGGCGAUGCAUGUAAAGACGAUUUUGACAAUGACAACAUUCCAGACAUUUUGGACGCGUGCCCUGAGAAUGAUGCCAUCAGUAACACUGACUUCCGCAAGUUUCAAAUGGUGCAUUUGGACCCCAAAGGAACUACACAAAUUGAUCCCAACUGGGUGGUCAGACAUCAGGGCAAAGAGUUGGUUCAAACUGCCAAUUCUGACCCUGGUAUUGCUGUGGGUUUUGAUGAGUUUAACGCUGUGGACUUCAGUGGCACAUUCUACGUCAACACUGACAGAGAUGACGAUUAUGCCGGGUUUGUGUUUGGCUAUCAGUCUAGUGGGCGAUUCUAUGUGGUAAUGUGGAAGCAGAUUACACAGACAUACUGGGAAGAGGAGCCUUCAAAAGCCUUUGGCAUCUCAGGGGUUUCUCUGAAAGUGGUCAACUCCACCACGGGCACAGGGGAGCACCUGCGAAACGCCCUGUGGCACACAGGGGACACUCCUGGACAGGUCCGCACACUGUGGCAUGACCCUAAGAAUAUCGGCUGGAAGGAUUACACUGCUUACAGGUGGCAUCUCAUCCAUAGACCCAAGACAGGCUUCAUCAGAGUGGUGGUUUAUGAGGGGAAACAGAUCAUGGCGGACUCAGGACCAGUUUAUGAUAAGUCACUAGCAGGAGGGAGAUUAGGGCUGUUUGUGUUCUCCCAGGAACUGGUUUACUUCUCUGAUCUGAAGUAUGAGUGUCGAGAUAACUGAGCAAGAAAGGAAACAGAACCUGUAAAAGACUAUAGCACAACAACACACUUGCACACUUUCUGACUAAACACUAAAAACAAAGAUUUUGGAGGACUAUAGACAUCACAGAAUGAACUGGACCCCCAACCAAAACUAUCCUAUAAAGGAGAAAGAGUGAGCAUAUAGCAUCGCAAGCACAUUUAUAGGGAUUCAUCUUAUAGCUGUUUCGUGCUGUCACUUAAGGUUUGGAACCCCUUUUAGAAGCUAUUUGAGCUCAAUCUUUUUUAGUCAAAUGAUGGGUUGUUUAAUAGAAUAAACAAACAUACACAAGGUUUUGUUUUUCUUGUUAAAAAAAAUGUAAAAAAAAAAAAAAAAAUCUGAGGAUAACCAAAUCUGUUUUACUUGCACAAGAUUUUUGGACUUCCUGUGUAUUGUUACAUUUUGCAGAAUUUUUCUUUGGAUUUGCUGUUGUAACGGAUACAUCUUUUUCUACAACCCUCGAUUCUAACAGGGGCUUUGGGUUUGAGCAUAUUGAUGUUUUAGAGACCUGUGAGAUGAAGAUGUUUAUAUUAAGACUGUAUCAUAAUUACUUGUGUAAAGUAUUUAUAUGACUCUUGCAUUUCAGUACUAAGUUUGUCUAGUUUUUUUGUAGUGCUUUCAGAACCUAGACAUUGUAAAUACUAAUUUAUUUGUUUACACUGACAAAAUUUGACUAUUGCAGAAAUAGAGAUUGAAAAGAUUUAAAUUGCUGUGCUUAUAGACAUUUACUAUGCAACUUCAUGCCUAUGCAGCUUUGUAUCUUUCAGUACUUGAUAGAAUCGUUUUCUAAAUGUGAGAUGGAAAUGUGAGUAUUUCUUUUUUGAGAUAUCACGCUGAACACUGCAUUUGUUACCUUCAACACAAACUUGCUGGUCUUGAACCACUUUUUCCUUUAGUGUCUUAUUUUUAUCCUUUUUAUCAGAGAAAAUGUCAUGGAAGUGCACAUGAAACUUCAUAGGACAAAGAGACUCGUUUAUAUAUCAAUACAUACGUAUGUAAAUUGUGUUAUUCAUUCAGUCCAGAAUGUUGUUGAGCCUUCAGAUUCAUCUAUGUGUUUGUCUUUUUUUUUUUUCAUAACCAUAUUUCAUAUUUUGUAAAAAAAAAGAAAAAAAAAAAGUAUAAUGCCUUUUUAAGCAACAUCCCCAGAAAACCUUGUAAAGUUUUCUAUAAUUGUUAUUCUUACCUUUUUUACUGUUGUUCUUAAAUAAAAGGUUUACGCACAGUUUUCCAUUUGGGACUGGUGCUUUGGAAUCUUUCUAAAUACUGUAAUGUACAUCAUCAACAAUAAAAUGUUCUAGCAAUUAUUUUCCACAUUCACUCUCAUAAUUUAAAACAACUGCAUGAAUUUCCCUUAAAGGUUACAAGUAGCAGUAGGGGGCUGACAAACGGAAAGCAUAAAAAUUAUGUCCCCAACAUGUGGAAUCAGUUUUAAUGCAAAAAUAUUCUAGCAUUAAUGAAAGGCUCCAUACAAAGAUGACUGUUGUGCAAACAUCCCUCAACAACAUACUGUACUGAUAUUGUCUGGGUACAUUCUUUCCCAUUUUUUACAUUGCAUUUGUAUAAGCUUUUUUUCUGCAUUUACAUAGGCCUUUGUAAACCCAUCUCAAUUUUUUCUUUUUUCUUGCAUUUUAAGGGUUCCAAGUCUUUCGUGAUCUCCAGGCGGCACAUUCUCAAAGUCCACUUCAAAACACCAAUUGGCAUUUUGGGACUUGCAGCUGCUCUACAGCAGAUGCCAAGAUACCAUUAAUACGCUGUAAAUGCAUUGAGACCCAGGAGAGAUAAAUGUGCAUGUUUUAACAAGCCAGAAACUGGCUUCAAUAGAUAAUCAAGUUAAAGGAAUAGUUCACCCAAAAAAUUAUUUCAUUUACUCACCCUCAUGCCAUUUCAGAUGUGUAUGACUUUCUUUCUUCUGCUGAACACAAACAAAGAUUUUUAGAAGAAUAUUUCAUCUCUGUAGGUCCUCACAAUGCAAGUGAAUGGGUACCAAAUUUUGAAGCUCCAAAAAGCACAUAAAGGCAGCAUAAAAGUAAUCCUUAAGACUCUAGUGGUUUAAUCCAUGUCUUCAGAAGCUGAUACAUGAUAAGUGUGGGUGAGAAACAGAUCAAUAUUUUUUAGUCAUUUUUUUUACUAUAAAUUCUCCUCCCUGCCCAGUAGGUGGCAAUAUGCAUGAAGAAUGUGAAUCGGCAAAAAGAAGAGAAGAAAGUGAAAGUGGAGCUUGAUAAAAAUUUACUUAAAUAGUGAUCUGUUUCUCAACCACACUUAUAUCGCUUCUGAAGAUAUGGAUUCAACCACUGAAGUUGUAUGGAUUACUUUUAUGCCACCUUUAGGUGCUUACUUAUUUGGAUUACUUUUAUGCUGCCUUUAUGUGCUUUUGGAGCUUCAGAUUUUUGGUACCUAUUCACUCACCACUUGCUAGGCAGGGAGGAGUAUUUAUAGAAAAAAGGACUGAAAUAUUGAAAUAUAGUUUCUCACCCACGCCUAUCAUACUGCUUCUGAAGAUUUGGAUUUAACCACUGGCAUCGUAUGGGUUACUUUUAUGCUGACACUCAGUCGUCAUUCACUUUCAUUAUAUGGGAAAAAUGAUGCAAUGGAAGUGAAUAGGCUGUCAGUCCCUAACAUUCUGUCUAACAUCUCAUCUUAUGUUUCGUGGAAGAAAGUCAUGCAAUGAAAUAAAUGGAUAGGGUUUUCUGGACCCCGUGAACGAUAUUUUUUAUUAUUUUACUUUAGGCCAUAGAAAUCAUCUUGCUUGUGAUGUCAGCCAUGUUCCUCGGUUAUGUCAUUGCAGACUUGGAAAAGGAAAAUGCAGACUACAACAUUUUCGAAGGCUGAAAGGGAACUUUCAUAUUGCCUUUACUUUAAAGCUGGAUGGGUAAUUAUUGUGGCUAUGCUUGACAUUGCUGUUUGAGUUUCAGUUUACUGUCAGAAAUAUUUGCUUGUCUGGGUGCAGGGGUCAAAGAGCUGCUCAAACAGUUCUGGUCAGGCUGGGAAGGGUCUCUCUCAGUGUUCUGCAUAAUCAUAUGUGAAUGUGAAAACUAAAGUAGUUUCCACUGGACUGGGCUGCAAGUUCAGUAUCCUGGGAAGCAAGUAACAAUCUGCUUUCAGCUCCUGAACAUAAACCAGCACCAUAAUGAUAUAGGCACUUGUGACUGCUUGGGUAAACUCAGUGGAGAGAUCUUUGCCAAUGCUUCUCAGUUAUAUUAAAACGCAAGGGUUUAUCUUUGACAUUCAGGCUUGUACUUAGACUCAAGAUGUGCUGAAAUGUCUUGGAAUUAUUUCACUCACACACUGGCCUUCAGUCCACCCAUUAAGUUAUAAAUCUAAUAAUGAAUAAAUUAAUAACGGGUCAGGCUCUGUGGAAAGAUCAGGGCUUCAUGGACGUUCAUAAAUUAGUCCUCCUAAGUUGUGGCAUGCCAAAAACCCUCAUUAAUUAUUCUCCAACUGAUGGGCGUGUGUUAUUGCUUGUUUUGAUUAUUGGGGAGUUACCUCCCCCCAUCCCACCCAGAAUCUACACCCCUGGUGGUGAUCAUUUGCUAGGCUGAAUUAAUUAACUGUCUAAAGGCAAUAAAUAAAUAAAUAAAGGCAGAGGCUAUUUGUACUAAGUGUAAAUAGCAACACAAAUACUAACAUACAGUGUAACUGCAGUGUGUUUAUUGUGUUUUUUAGAGUCCCAUAGAACACUCUAAACCUACCCUUGCACCUAACCCUCACCUACCUUACAAAAGUAACCAUGGUAUAUAAAACUUUUUUGUUUUCUCAGUGUUAUUUAUCUUAAUGUGUUAUGUAUUCACUCUCAAUGACUGUGCUAUCUGAACUGUGUUUUGGUGACUGUUCUUUGUUUGUGUAUUAUUGUGUUACUAUUGUAAAGUGUCUUUGAGCUCUGGAAAGGCGCUAUAUAAAUUAAACU